AUGGAGAUUAAGGUAGAAUCUAAUUCCCAGCAUCAUGAUGAAUCAAAACAUCCCCUCUUGCGAGAUACAACUGAAACAGAAGAGAAAACACUGAUACAGAAAGCCAUUAGCCAGACAUUUAAGAGCACAGCUCAUUUGGCCAAUCAUUUACCUACUGGAUCAGUCCUUGCUUUUCAACUUCUAUCACCCAUUUUAACAAAUCAAGGUAACUGUGACUCAGUCAACCGGUUCAUGACUGCUGUGCUUGUAACCCUCUGUGGGGUGUCAUGUUUCCUUCUAAGCUUCACUGACAGCUUCAGGGACAAGAAGGGAAAUGUUUGUUAUGGGUUUGCAACAUUCCGGGGCCUGUGGGUCAUUGAUGGGCCAGCCGACCUCUCACCUGAUCUUGCUGCAAAAUACCGGCUGCAAUUCGUAGAUUUCAUGCAUGCCUUCAUGUCAACACUGGCAUUUGUAGCUGUUGCACUCUUUGAUAACAAUGUGGUAAGUUGCUUCUUCCCAACGCCAUUAGAUGAGACGCAUGAGAUCCUCACAAGUUUGCCAGUCGGAAUUGGUGUAAUUUGCAGUAUGUUGUUUGUUGUGUUUCCUAGCCAGCGCCAUGGAAUUGGCUUCCCCCUCUCUGCAAAUUAA